AUGUCUGCAGUACCAGUCAGGUCUGCCAUAUUGGGCGCACCGGCUCAGCGCAGUUUCUAUUGCGCCGAUUGCCAGUUAACUCACCUGAGGGCGAUGAAGAAAGUUUGUGAGGCAAUUGCGACCCGCGAUACACUCGUUGUCUUCGUCGACGGAUCCUGCAAGAACAACCGUCACCCCCGCCUUCCCCCUCAAGCUGGCGUUGGAGUCUACUUUGGUCCGUGCUCGCAGUAUAACUUCUCAAGAAGAGUGCCUGUCAGUGAACCACAGAGCAGUACCUGUGCUGAGGUAUACGCGGCAUUCGCAGCCACUGUGUUCAUUCGCGGUAAGUAUCAAUUAGGCAACCAAUCUUCGAUCAAGAAGGUUCUACUGGUUACAGCCUCGGAUCACCUGGUCCAGGUCAUGAGUAACCGAAGCUUUGGUGAGAGGCCAGAGAGUGGUUUGUUGCGAGGGCUGGAGGCACGAAUUACUGCGAUGGCAAAGGACGGAUUGGAGGUCGAAUUUUGUCUCAUCUCGAGAAAUGAGAACAAAGAGGCUGAUAAGCUCGCUAGGGCUUCUGUUAAGGAUGCAUAA